GACGUAUGACGUAGCACGCAGCAGCCGUGUUUGGUUGUGGCCGGAGCAAAAAAAAAAAAAAAAAAAGAAAGCUAGGAAGGGAUCAAGGAAACCUCUAGCAUCGUAGAUAAACACCCCUCAGAGGUGUGAACUCAGCGAGCUUACAGCUGUCACAAUCCAAAGAAGACAGUAAAACAGGCCCGAAACAGGCGUUGAUACAGCGAGGGUCAACAUGUCUGAGACAUACGACUUCCUGUUUAAGUUCCUGGUGAUUGGCAGCGCUGGGACGGGGAAAUCCUGCCUCCUCCACCAGUUCAUUGAGAACAAAUUUAAACAAGACUCCAAUCACACCAUCGGCGUGGAGUUUGGCUCCAGAGUGGUCAACGUCGGUGGAAAGACGGUCAAACUGCAGAUCUGGGAUACAGCCGGGCAGGAGCGAUUCCGUUCUGUUACACGCAGCUACUACAGAGGAGCAGCUGGAGCACUUCUCGUGUAUGACAUUACCAGUCGGGAAACGUACAACGCCCUCACCAAUUGGCUGACAGAUGCACGGACUCUGGCGAGUCCCAACAUUGUUAUUAUCCUGUGUGGCAACAAGAAAGACCUGGAUGCAGACAGAGAGGUGACUUUCCUGGAGGCGUCCCGCUUUGCUCAGGAGAAUGAGCUGAUGUUUUUGGAGACUAGUGCUCUGACAGGGGAGAAUGUAGAGGAGGGUUUCCUAAAAUGUGCCCGCACCAUCCUCAACAAGAUAGAUUCAGGUGAGUUGGACCCGGAGAGAAUGGGUUCAGGUAUCCAGUAUGGAGACGCUUCGUUGAGGCAGCUGCGACAGCCCAGAGGCACCACCACACAGAAUAAGCAGCAGUGUAAUUGCUAGGGAUCGGGGGAACCACACCCUCGCCUCAACCAACAGGCCCACACAGACAGGACGCCCCCUACAGCUCCAGGUGCUUUUCGGUGUGUGGGAUGCUUCACUCUGCAGUCUCACACACCUCGGAUCACCUGGAGGAGUGGUCCUGGAGAUCACCGCAACCCUGUUGCCCCUUCAUAUGGGCAGGGAAACCCCUCAGUGUGACCACACUAGGAUCAUAAAGAAGAGUAAUGUUCUUCUUUAUAAACCGGUUUCUCAGUUAUUUACCAGACCAGGAGGAUGGUGAGGGUGGUUUGUACGGGCUGUCCUGCUGUUGUUUGUUUUUGUGCUUUUUUUUUUUAGUAACCUAACAUGCUUUUCAUGUUUGCACAUCUUUGUUUGUAAAUUAUUAUCAGAAACUAAUUUGUGCUUUUACCAUUUUUAAGUUAUCAAGCUCCCAAAUGUGUCCUCUUAUCAUUGAACAAAGCCGACAGUCACAGAUUUGGUUUAGAACUGCUGUACAUAUACUGUAAGCCGGAUCAAUGCAAAUCUUUGUAAACAUUUCUGAAGAUGUUGUCCAGUAUCUUCUCUUGGUCCAAACAGAAGCUGUUAAUCCUCCAGGAGUUAAGGUGUAUUUAAAACCCAAAUGUAGAGAGAGCCCUGUUCUUUUCCUCCCUCAGAGAUGUGUCACAUUGAGUCCGUCUGACUUUCUGUUGAGCAUUGAUAUGCACUCUUAAGACAUAGCGUGUUGGCCUUAGUAAUAUACUUGAUAUUGUGGAUCUACGGUAUAUUAUUCCAAGUCACCAUGUCUCUAAACUGUCCAAUCACUCCAUUCUACGCUCACGCAGAUGAGCCUGUGGGUCUGGUUUAAAGCACAAAAAAGGAGAUUUUACUCUUUUAUUGAAUUCCCACAGUCUGUAGAUUUACAGACUCAGCCCAUUGUAACGUCUCCGUGUCUCUGGUCCUAAGGUGAAGAAAUGGUCAUCCAUGUUUGCAAACUUACAAUAUUUUGACUCCUUCUGCUGGCUUUUUUCUCCAUACUCAUGUCCUCCCUAUAAUUGGUGCAGCACAUACUGUAUGAGAGACGUCAUAGGAAACCACAGUUUUACCUCAGUGCUGUGUUUUGGGAACAUUCACUCAGUCCACCCAGUUCCUUCAUAGAGUUUCGACACUGUUAAAUCACGCAAGGUUGCAUACGCACCUUGAUAAGAGUCAGGACUCAGUUUGAAGCUUUAUUCACUCCUCUUUGCACAGCAGAGUCACUGAGAUUACAAAGUCAACCCAGAUGUUUUCUCUUCAGAACAGACCCUGCGAUGAUACCCCAGAGAGAAACGGGGGAUUUCCACUCAAACAUGAUGGUUUCCUCUUUCUGUCUUAACACCAACAGCAUGGUUUGUGGUGCUGCUGGAGGAGAACGAUGUAGUGAGUUAAUCGCUUAAAAAAACUUCCCCGAACUCUCCCGCUUCUGUCAAAACCACUGAAAGAGAGAGAGCAGGUCAUGCUGACCCAGCUGAGAGAAGAUGAAAACAAACUGCCAGCAAACUUCUCUCAUAUCUUUAACUCAAGUUUUUCCGUGCAUGUCUUCCCAGACAAACCAUAUGUGUGUGAAGCUCAAUUAAGCCGGCAAAUGUGAAAGGAAAACAUGGUGAGUUGUGCAAACAUGAGAAAGUAUAGGAUAUCAAGAGACAGAUGGUCAAAACAAAAAUGUAGAUUUCAUUCAAUACUGGCAUCGUGUGAUAGUUUGUCUACUUCUGCAAGUGCACUUUUACUUUUGAAUUCUUGUUUGUUUUUGUUGAUAUGCUGCAACUAUAGAACUGUACAUUUUAUUUUACUUGAACAGUAUACUGUAAUAAAGAUUUUAAUUGUAGACGCUAUCAUUUCUUACUAAAGAACAACUGAGAUUCUGAAUUUUCAUUUCCUUGUUUGUGCUGCCUGCGGGCGAUAACCUCCUUCUGUAAGAGCUUUCAUCUUCAUAUUGCCCACUGCUGAUGUGGAGGCAGCGAUGAAAGGAUGUCAACUUCCUGAGCUGCAGGAGGCUUUUGCUAGUGGUUGAAUACUGUUGAAUCAAAGCUCCUUUAUUUAGCAUACAUUAAGCUGUAGAUUAUUUAUUAUACACUUCAUGUAAGCCAUAUGAAAUACAUUAUUUCAUCACUUUAUUCCAGUCUGGAUCAAUCAUUAUGAAGGCAAUCUAUCUCAGUUGUUGCUUAGUAACUAAUGUUAUAUAAUCAACCUAAAUUCUACUGUACAUCUUAAGUAACCUGUGCUGUAAAUAAGAUUUGUCUAUUGUCUAUUGAGGGUGAGUGUUUCUCAUUGAUUGUAAUGAUUAUGCAAUACCCAGUAAACUGCUUGUUUUUUCAUUUAAACCUUCA